AUGAAAUGUAACAUAAUCUAUAACAGUGGAGAAAUUAUACCCCCGAUAACACAAAAGCUACCACUAUUAAUUGCCAGAAAGUCAUUUUCUAACUUUUUCACUUUAAAUAAACUUAAUGCCCAUUUUAGACUCCAAAGACUCCACCGUCCAUUCCCUAUCAUUUUGAUGGCAUGCCCGGUACUAACCAGUGCUGUACUAGCUUGCCCAUAUGAAAUUACAAUAAAUGAACUUUAUAAAAUGGGACUACUAUUUAUGGGUUGCAUCACGUCCCGUACCGCUGGAUGUAUUAUUAAUGAUAUUUUUGACCGAAAAUUUGACAAACAUGUCUCAAGGACGAAAACAAGACCGCUUGCUUCUGGAGAAUUAUCUGUAAAUGAAGCAUCAAUUCCACUAUUAUUAAGCUUAACUUCAUGCCUGGCUCUACUAUUUCAAUUUGAUCCAACUACGAUAAAAUUGGGAUUCUCAGCACUAGUUAUGAUCGUAGUAUAUCCACUUUUGAAGCGCUACACAUAUCAUCCCCAAGUAUUUCUGGGUGCUUCUUUCAAUUUUGGAAUUAUAAUGGCCUGGACUGCAAUUAAAGGUGGAACUUUUUUUAUAGGAAACUGGAUUUCACCAAUAUGUUUAUACGGAUUUAGUAUCCUAUGGACAUUAGUUUACGACACAAUUUAUGCGCAUCAAGACAAAAUGCACGACGAGCACUUAAAAUUAAAAUCUACGGCACUUAAAUGGGGGGGAAAGACUAAACAAAUAUCUGGAGCGUUAACUACACAAAUGGCGGUUAAUUUAGCCAUCACAGGAUAUUAUGCAGAAUUAUCUCCAAUAUAUUAUGUUUCGACCCUUGGAGCUAUGGGUUAUUUAAUAAGGAAUUUGAUUAAAACUAAUUUGGACAAUCCUGCUGAUUGCCAAAAGUUUUUUGAUCGGAAUUACUUAGUAGGGAUUUCAAUUCUAAUUGGAUCUAUUCUAGGGAAAUCAUUUAAAUUAAACCUUUGA